AUGGCAACAAGAAUGGGACAUCUUAUGCACAAACUAGUUUCUCCUCAACAAGUUGCUUAUGUCAAGGGUAGAUGUAUUCAAGAUCAGAUUAGGCUUGCUUCUGAAAUGAUAAAUGAGAUGGCAAAGAAGGGAAGAUGUGGCAAUGUGGGGCUUAAGCUUGAUAUUUCUCAAGCUUAUGAUUCAGUUAGCUGGGAAUUUUUUUUAAAGCAUGGAUUGAGACAAGGGGAUCCCUUGUCUCCCAUUCUUUUUGUAUUAAUGGAGGAAGCAUUAAGUAGAAGAUUAACUCAGAUGGUGAAAGCAGGCUUAAUAUUUCCAAUGGUUGUAAGAAAGGGUAUUCAUCCAACUCAUUUACUAUUUGCAGAUGAUGUUUUCAUUUUCUGUAAUGGUGCAAAGAAGAGCAUUCUUAACUUGAUUAAGUUGCUUGAAGAUUAUCAAAAGAGUUCUGGUCAGAUAAUAAACAAACAGAAAAGUAAAAUGUUCAUUGAUGGUGCUUCUGAAUUGAGGAAAAAUCAACUUAAAGAAAUGAUUCAAAUGGAAAGAAGUGUAUUCCCAGAUAAAUAUCUUGGUGUUAUUCUGUGUGUUGGAAGGGCUAAAUAUAAAGAUAAAAAUGGGCAAUGGAGUUCAAAGUGGCAGUUAUCUUCAGUGUGGCCAGGUUUGAAAUGGGCCCGGGAAACCCUCAAAGAAGAUAUUAGAUGGAGAAUUGGUGAUGAUGAUGGUGUUUGGUCUCUGCCAACUGAGUUUCAACAGAUAAUUUCAAAUGGGCAAUUACCUGAAAUUUGUGGAGGAGAAGAUGUCUUAAUAUGGACAAGGAACUUAAAAGGUAAAUUUUCUGUGCCUGAAGCUUUAAAUAAAAUUAGACAUAAAGAACAGAAAGUUAAUUGGUCAAAGUAUAUAUGGAAUUCUUUUUUUCAUCCUUCUACUGCUAGUAACGUUUGGAAGAUCAUUCAAGGAGUUUAUAAAGAUGAUACUACUAUGAUAAGUAAUGGUUAUGAAAUUGUAUCAAGAUGCUGCAUUUGUGAGUCUGAACAAGAUAGUAUGAUGCACCUGCUAUGUGAAUGCAGUUUCGGUAUUGAAAUAUGGAGGUGGAUUUGUGUAACAUUCAAUUUUGUUAUGCCUAAAUCUAUUGAUGAUAUCUGGAGAUGUGCUUCAAACUGCAGCUCUCUGAUUAAACAGGUAUGGAUAACUGUUGAUUGUUCCAUUCUUAAGGAAUUAUGGUUCCAAAAGAACAAGAAAUUCUUUGAUAAUAUAAAGCCAAAUGCUCGGGCUUUUAAAUGCAGAAUUCUCAAGUUAGUGAAUGAAGGAGAUGCCAAUGGAGUCCACCUGAAAUUGGUUUUGUUAUGUUCUGCUGUGAUGGGUUCUUCAUUUGGGAAUCCUGGUGCAGCAAGAUUUGGAAUUGUUGUAAGAAACUCAGAUUGUCAGGUGGUUGCUACUGUAUCUGGGGGUAUUGGGAUAGCCUCAAAUUAUCUGGCAGAAACUUAUGGUGUCAUAAAUGCAAUGAAAUUAGCAGUGCAAUGGGAGAUGAAGUACAUCAUAAUUGUGUCGGACUCAAAAACAGUAAUUGCAGAAUUUUUUCAAGGAAAUGUUCCCUGGUUUAUUAAAGGUAGAUGGUUGAAAGCUAUUAAGCAUUUCAAGCAAAUAAGGUAUAUGCAUUGUUACAGGGAGGUCAAUUUUUCUGCUGACAAUACUGCUAAAAGGGGUACUUCACUUGAUGCGGGUGAAAGGCAGCUUCAUAUGGGUAGACCUCAAUUUUUGCCUAGAAUUGAGAUGCCCAAUGUAUUACUACAGGUUCUGUUGAUUUAG